GCUGAUCGCGCUCGCAAAAUGUGCACUCAACAUGGCGACUCCGAUAUGCGCUGUCUGUGCAGUUUGAGUCCGAAGUAUUUUUUGCCGCUUGUGGCCUAAACUACCGAGAUGGAAAGAAACAAACAACUUGGAAAGAAACUGCCAGGAAGGAGAAUCCUACCGGCAGGCGAGAUUAUCGCUCUUGGGGCCAAGUCCCGCCCAGGAGGAGGGCAAGAUGGCUCGGAGCUCCGCGCCAACCCAGAAUGGAAGAGGGAAGCACCAACCACCUCGGCUGGACCUCCUCACAAGAUUGCCAAGGUCUCUGGCCAGACCUUCACCCCUCUGGGUCGGGGGGUGCCUGAGAGCAGCAAAGGAGGGGCUGGAGAGCAUGUCAUCAAGCCAGGCAUCAAGACAAUCGAAGUGCCAGCCUCGGAGCUCUUAGAUCAAGUCCUAGAUGCUGACGGGGCAGAAGAUGACGACCGCAUCGACGGUCUGCUGUGUGGCGCCCUCAAGACGUUGAAGAGCACUCGGGCCAAGCCUGGAUCGCAGCUGUACCUCAGCUUGAUGUACCUGGCCAAGAUCAAACCCAUGCUGUUUGAAUCGGAAGACGUUGUGGAUUACGUCUGCAGCCUGCUCAAAAGAGACAUCAGCUUGAGCUUCAAGAGUAAAGGCAACCCUCUGGUCUCCGUGCUAGCCUGUAACCUCCUCAUGCAUGCCUAUCUCUAUGAGGAUAACUGGCCCAUAGCAUUUGUCAAGGUCUUCCUCGAAGACGCCAUGGGGGAGAGGGUUUGGGUAGACCAUCCCAGCUGUCGUGAGUUCUGCAGUAACAUCCAGACAGCGUUUGGCACCAAGAUGCCACCUCGUCACCUCAUGCUGCCCAUCGACCAGCUACGCCAUUCCACCAGCACUCCCGAUCUCCAAAGUGGAAGUCCACUCCGGGACGACAGCGAUCUGUCUUCAGAGUCAGCUGCCAACCAAACGAGUGAGGACAUGGAUUUGACUGCAGACGUACAAGCCGAGGGGGUGACUGCAAGAUAUAGUCUUCUGAAGGACAGCAUAGAGACAUACGUGGUAGACUUUGUUCGUGACCAGCUGACACGACGGCAGGGAAUGGACACUCCAAGGAACCUGCUGCGCGUCUUGACUGCGGCAUGCGGCUUUCCUGAGGUCCGACUCCUAGCAGCGACAAGGCUAGAGAUGUGGCUGCAGAACCCUAAGCUGACUCGGCCUGCCCAGGAGCUCCUGAUGGCAGUCUGUCUGAACUGCGACACCCACGGCCAGGAGGAUGUAGAGGUCAUAGGUCAUCUCAUUAAGAUCCGUCUCAAGACCAAGCCUCUCAUUAAUCACUACAUGCUCAGCAUGAAAGAGUUAUUAAACCAGCAUUCAGACAACCUGUCCACCCUUCUGAAGCACACCAUCUACAAUGAGUUGUCUAACUCACGCAAUCCCAACAACAUGCCGCUACUGGCGACUAUCUUCCAGCAUUCACCGGAGGCAUCAGCCAAGUUUUUGGCCAAUGUAUUCCAAGACCUGCUGAUGAACAGAGACGACUAUCUACGAGCUGUGAGGGCGCUGUUUCGAGAGAUUGUCAAAUCGUUACGCUAUGACCUAGACUUCCCAGCGUUCUGCAGGGGCCUGAUGAAGGAAAGAACUGACAAACAGUUCAUUGACAUGGAGGCCCAAUUCAAGGAUCGUAUGCUGCUUUCCCUGACUGACCUGAUUGUGUUAGCUGCUCUUCUUAGUGUCAGCCCAGCGAUAAAAGAGGCUGUGGCAGCAUACACCAGGGGUGACAGGAAAGACAUGGAUGUACUGAGAGCCUUCCAGAACCAGGCCUCCGUCAUGCAGAGAGAUGCAGUAUGGUGGCUGCACACCGUGGCGCCUAAAAUGUUCAAAGUCAACCAACAAGACUUCAACCAAUGUUUGCAGAAAGUGCUGUUCAUGGAGCCGUCCGAAUCAUAUUGCAGCAAAGAUAACUGGCCACCAGAGUCCGACAGAUCGUUACUGCUAUCCCUCCUCUCUGAGGUCCCUGUUCAAGAGGAUACAUUGAUGAGGGUCCUAGUGAUGGGCUUAUCACGUGAGCUACCAUUAACAGCCGCAGAUGGCUUAGAGCUAGCGGACAAGUUAGUCAAGAGAGCUGCAGUGCUGUAUGCUGAAGAUUUUCCAGUACUGAAAGUGGAGCGGAUCCAGUUAAUUGAUGCAGUGCUGAACCUGUGUGCCUACCAUCACCCUGAAAACAUCCAGCUACCACAGGGUUACACACCGCCCAGUUUGGCCAUCUCCAAUCUCUACUGGAAAGGCUGGAUCUUAUUGGUUGUCAUCACUGCAUUCAAUCCAACCAACAUAGGUCUAUCGGCAUGGGAACGGUAUCCAAUGCUGCGCUGUUUCAUGGAGAUGGUCAUGACAAACAAUUUCAAGUACCCACCCCCUACAGCAGCCCCCGACGAACGUUCACAGGAGGAAGUCAGAACAAGGGAACUCCAGGUGAUUGCGCUUGAGAAGCAAGAGAUCUUGGAGUUUGAGAACCACUUAGCGAGAGUGGCCAUCACUGAGGCUAACAGCCUACUCCUGUCACAGGUCAUACGUAUGGACCCUAAUGGUAUAGCCAGGCGCCCCCCUGCUCAGGUGCUGGAGCAACUCCAACACUUCAAUAAAGUUCUGAAUCUCGGUCACAUGCUCUGCCGAAGCCGGUCCCCGGACUUCCUAUUGGAUAUCAUACAGAGACAGGGCACGUCACAGUCCAUGCCCUGGCUAGCCGAACUGGUAAACUCGGCUGAAGGUUCCCUGGACGUUCUGCCGGUGCAGUGUCUCUGUGAGUUUCUGCUGAAUGACAACCAAGACAGUGACGCUGGGGAGGAGAGUAAGAAAGGAGAUGCCAAGAGAAAACAGCGAAUUGACAAGCAGGAGCAGUUACUAUCCCGUCUUCAGACCCUCGUACGUGGACCAGACUCUCAAGCAUCUACCUGCUGUGAAGUCAUGGACUACUUCCUGAGACGACUCAGCUCACAACAGCAAGCCAGUCGCUCACUGGCUGCUAAGGGUCUGAUGAUGGUCUUAUCCGUGCCUGAGGAUAAAAACACAACGGAGGAAGACACGGAAGACCCGCCCUGGGCUUGCCCUACACUGAUGGCAUCACAUGAAUGGCUGUUGAAGAAUAUGCCCUCCCUCCCUCACUUUGACCCUGUCAGGGCAUCAGCCACAACUGCCCUCAGACAGGCUUGCCAGAUUGAGACAGACCCGUUAGCACUCAGUGCCUACGUCGUCUUUCUGUCGCAGUUUGCUCCAGUCACUGAUCUGAACGACUUGGCAGUGGAUCUUGCCCAGUUGAUAGUGGAGCGACCAACCAUCGUAUCUUGCAUCCUACCUCGUGAGACCUACAACGAAGUAGCUGACGUCACCUUGGCAGCUAUGAUCAAAAUAUUCAGCCGCUACUUGCUCAAAGCUACCAAGCCUAACGAGGAAGGAUAUAGCUGGUCGGACACCCAGGACCAGGUAUUCCUGUACUGGCAGACUGGUGAAUCAGCCACAAUGCAUAUCCUGAUAGUCCAUGCUAUGGUCAUACUGCUGACCUACGGACAACCCAAAGUUGACAGUGAUUUCCAGCUCUUGUUGCACUCUUGGUUCCCUGAGAAUAGCACCCCACCCCAGGCCUACCUAGUAGACACCUCAGAGGAUGCCUUACUGCUCCCUGACUGGCUCAAACUCAGGAUGAUCCGAUCCAGUGUGCCAGAACUCGUCAUUGCAGCUUUGCAAGAUCUGGAACCAGCCCAGCUAGUUCUCUUCAUCCAGUCGUUUGGUAUUCCAACAGCCAGCAUGAGUCAGCUCUUGGCUCACCUGGAUGCAGCGGUCGUGCAGGACUCUCAAGCCAUGGAAAACGCGGUAGUGGACAAGGCCUACAUGGCUCAGCUGGUUGAAGUCCAGCAGAUGAGGGGGGCGUCAGGAGGGGUGGAGUUCCACAAACUGCUGACCGAAGGGGUGGAAGAGCCUUCGGACAAGGACAAAGACAAAGUUGAGAGUAAGAAGGAGGAAUCUGUGGAGAAGAUGGACACUUCUGAGUCAGCAAUGAGAUUGCCUGAUGAAGACCACCAAGAGGAAUGGUGCAAGCUACUCAUCAAGUUAUUUAAAGAUGAGUCGUCAGAGGAAUCUCGACAGGUGUUUGCUAUUGUACAACAGGAGAUUUUGAAGGACAUUCGGAGACUGAGAACAGAUCCGCUACACAAACCCUCUGAGAUGCUUACAAGCAGUUUGCUAAGCAUAGUGAAGGAUGGCAGUCUCCUUCCAAGUCAGCUUACCAAGCGGGCAGACAUCGGCGGUCCACUUCUCAGUCUGCUACUCACGAGAGAGAAACUUCAGCAGAAGUAUGGGUCUCCUUCUACUUUCCCUGAGCUGGUGCAGUACCUAUGUGAAGCGCUACCUACCAAGGAAGGCACAUUGGCACAGACUCUGAUCCAUUGCCAGAAGGAACUCAGUGUCAGCUCUGUAGAUGUCAACGUCGACCAAGCCCUGAAGGAGAUGACUGGGGAUUCACAAGAAAACAAACAGGAAUCUAUGGAGAAGGUUGUGAAGGCAUUCAGACAUGGCCAAGCCCCUGCAAACGAUGAACUACUAGAGCAAGUUUGUAGGCAGCUCUUAGACAGCAACGCCAACCAGAUGGAGAAGUUACUGACAACCAGCCUGACAGCUAGCCAUGGUAGAAGAGCGCCCUCACAGGCCAGCCAGAGGGUAGGCAUGCUGAGCAGACUACUAACACACCAGCAACAGAAGCACUCAUCAACGUCUGGUACCCAGACUUCUAGUCAUCCCCAACUCUUAGCCUCUACCUCCGGCCUCCUGACUGACUGGCUGGCUCUUCUGGAUCCAGAGGCAUGCCAGGCUUGCCCUGAUUUACAGCAGCAAGCCAUCUUUGCCCCAGCACCCCCUGGGAAUAGGAACAGCCCCAGCAGCAGUGGAGACAGUCAGAAGCGAAUUGGCAGCGCAUAUCUACUGGCGCUACUGACCCAUCAAGCUAACUGGGGCACACUACACAAGUGCAUUGAUAGGUUACUGGGGCCUGCUAGAAAUGCAUACAGUUUCAGUGCAACGGCUGUAUUGGAUUUCUUGUGGGCGUGCAUCCACAUACCCAAGAUCUGGCAAGGACGGGAUACAAGGGCUUCUAAGAGACACUCUGAAGAAGAUGUCUUAUGUCUGUCGCCGGACCAGAUCUGCGCAUUGGCUGAUUACAUCAUCCAGGAAGCGGCCGAUUCAUCAGGGCAGUACGGUGCCCCGCCUAGUGCCACACCCAAUGCCUCGCCCAUUACCACGCCCAGUGCCCCACCCAGUGCCUCACCCGAUGCAGAUGAAGGCCUGACGGAACUGGCCUCUAACACCAUCAAGGCCCGGCUCUCCUUGCUCUUGACCAGUUUCCAUGGCAACAAGGGUGUGGCGGAGCACCUGAUCAGAUACCUUGGCGACUGUAGUCGCGAGACAAACCCGUCCUCUGCCCUUUACCAGCAGUUAUUAUUAGAGCUAUACCUGCAGGUCCCUGAGACUAUACAAAAUCUCUCCUUCAUCAGUACCAAGCUACAAUCACAAGACACUAGUAAUAUACCCACCCCAGUCGACUGCCUCACACACAGGUUACUGUGUGUGUUAGCAGACAGCAAGCCGGGAGAUACCAGCAAGCAGAAGGCCGAUGACGCCAACGUAGCAUGCCGCAAGCUGGCUGCUGAACACCCUGUACUCAUACUCAGGCAACUAGCCAUGGUGACCGUUCUGCUUCAAGGCCGGACCCAUCUUAACUUCAAAGAGUUCCGCGUCCGUGGUCACUUACGAUUCUUCAACCACAUCCUCGGAAUCCUACAACUUCUUGAACCUCAACUUUUUGCUCAGCCCUCUACAGUUCUGCAUGGCAUCAUGGAGGCCUACUUCCCUAUCCUACCGCAUUCUGUGAUUGCUAAGAAGCCUCUGGAAUCCAUCAUUACCAAGUUCAUCCAGCUUCUGUAUCAGUACUCCAGCCACAACCCAACCCAGGCUCAGCCGCUCCUAGAGAAACACUCAACAGCACUCAACAACCUAUCCCAGGUCUACCCAGACAUCCAGCAGCUCAAGUCCCUAUUGGCCAGCAUCACGCUGACCUCAUCCUCCAAGGACCAAUCAGGGCUUGGCUCCGCCCCCAACCAGGCGGAGCCAGCCAUGGAUGAGAUCCCAGGGGUCGGAGGUCGGGAGGAGACUUACUCGCCGACACUCGCCGCCAUGAUGGGGGCUGAUGCAUCGUGGGAUACCGAGGACGUCAAGUCGUUCGCUGAGAGACUUUCUCAGGAAGAAGAUUCCGAAGGCAUGGCUGAAGCCUUGAAUGAGCUGGAGGAGAAGUCUAGCAGUGCUGUGGGAAUACUGCAACAUUUUGUGACUGAAUUGUCCACUCAGAUGACAUCAUGCAACAAAGACUGCAGGCAGACGGCGUUUGUUCUGGUCAUCCGAUACAUCAGACACGACCCAAGUGUUGCCAGCAAGUUUCUACCCGCCUACAUGGAAUGUCUGAACAGCAUGGAUCAAGAAGUGGUACAGACAGCUUUGAAGAAUCUUCCUGAGUUUACGCUCCUCUGCCAAGAGAACGCUGAGGUUGUGCUACAGAAAGCCUUCACCGUCGGAGUCAACAGCAAACUGUCCACAGUUCCACUCAUAGCAGAGACACUGAAACUACUCAGCAUGGAUAGUGCCUCAACAACCUCAAACACUACGACGCCAAGCUGAUGAUGGGCAUUCCUGAAACUACGAUGACCUCUUCAGCUUCAGCUCCAGGCUUGGCUAGCAUCAGCCAUGUUUGAUACAACUGUCAAAUGUUUGUAUUGCAACACAGAUGUGUUACAUUGUUACUGAAUGCGGACUGUGUCGAUACUUCAUCAAUCACAAAGCUGACGAUGCCUUUUCUGAGACGUGGCUUUGUCUCCAACUUUGACUCCAGGCUUGCCCAGCAUUGGAUGAAAUGAACAGUCAACAAUUAUAUCGCAACACAGACCGCAUACACUGUUACUUAAUGUGGACUACAUGUCAACACUUCAUGUACCGUUACAACACAUAGUUGAUGAUGCCUUUUCUGAGACUUCGGCUUCAUCGCCAGCCUUGGCUCCCAGCUCAACUCGCAUCGACAGUAUUGGAUGAAAUAAAGUGUUAAUCAUUUUGCAACAUAGAUAAGAAUAUUACAUUGUUAUUGAAUACUCUUUCUACUACUUUGGCUCCAGACUGCAGCUUUGUGAUUUGGAGUUCCUUUCUUUUACGAUUGGGGCUUAAAAUAUAUGUAUAUGUUGAUGUUCUGCUAAAAAAGCCAACACUUUGAAUAUUUCCAUUUUUGUUCCUACACAUUUUUGAAGGACCAGAUAGUAAGCCAAAGUCUAAAAGGAAUAUAGGGUUUGAAAAAUGGCUAUAACAGUUGUCUUUAAUUGACCUACCACCAUUUGUGAGUUGGUCACGACCAUUAGACAACCGUUUGGAAUUUCCAUACGUUGAGUUUUGUUUGCCUCAGAUUUUGCGCGUCCUGCACCACUUGUAUAUCAUGUAAUUGGACAACAUUUCACAAGCUGCAUUGAUGUGAUUCUACCGUGAUUGGUUAAUUGCAAUAAAACAGUAAAAACAAUUAAAAUGUUUUAUAUGACAUAAACUACUACUGUAAUUACUCCACUAUAUAAAUAUUGUUGCUUUGUUCUUGUUCUCAUUCUUGUACAUUGUACUAUAGAUUGAAAAGAAACCUCAUACUAGUGUACAGGGUGUCUUAAAAAAGUAAUCUGAAAGUUGUGGUUUAUGAAUGUCAUGAAGUUUAAUACAUCAUAGUGCUCCUUUAAAAUCAUUCCAAAGAUUUAAAAAUUUACAUUGAGCCAUCCCAUGCCAUCAAUUUCAAAACAUACUUCGCAAUCAGAAUAGCUCAAAUCUUGGGCUGAUGCCCAAGAUAUGUGUUUGGGUGCCUUUUGGCAUGGGGUAGUUAUUUUCAGGAAUGAACAAAAGUCUUUGAAAUGAUUUAUCUUGUUAUAGAAAAGAUAUUUAAUUGUAUGUACCAACACCCUACCUUCAACCUGUUUACAUGUUUGCAUAUUUUCAUUGACAUAAAAACGUUUAUGGAUUUAGUUACUAAUUUCAGUUGCAUGCUGAAAUUGUUGCAAACAAAAUCUUACUCUCAAAGUGAAUCUGUGUAGAAAUUCUACAAAAAACUGUAAAAAAUCCUGGGGAAAAUGACCAUAAAAAUACCUUACAUAGCAGCAAUGCUGACCAUGUGCAGUGUAUAUAGGAAUGGAUGUAGUAUUUGCAACUAAUUUCACAAAUGUAAAAACCUAUGUUUCAUGGAAAAUUUGGAAAGAAAAAGUUUAAAAAGGAAGGCCUGGCUUUAGUUUGGAGUUAAGUUGGGGCCUCAUGAAAAGAAAAUGAUUCACGUACCAAGAAACAUGAGUCACCUUUAAAACAUUGAUUUUUCAUGUUUAAUUACUGUAAAAUGUGACAAGCAAAGGUUUUUAUAGGUCAGCAUACAUAAAUAUUUAGACUUUGAAAUUAGAGUUGUUGUAUACAUGCUCAUGUACAGAAUAAACCUUUAUUUAAAAAAAA